AUGCGCAAACGAUAGUAAAUAUCGCGCGGAUUGCAUUUUUUCCGCGAAAGAAGUUUUGCAAAGAAAGUAAAUCACAUACGAUAAAGAUGGCUUUCGACUUGACAGAAGGUGCAAUCGAGGCAAUUGUGAGUGGAAACCCUUGUGACAGUCCAGUUUUCCAGAUUAUCAGCAGCAAGUUGAUAUCUUCUGGAAGUGGGACUGACAGGUACAGACUCCUCUUGUCAGAUGGAAGAAACAGCUACUCACAUGUUAUGUUGGCAACACAGCUAAAUGAAAUGAUGCAAACAGGAGAAAUGGACAACCAUUGUGUAGUCAGAGUAAAACAGUACAUCUGCAAUACAUUACAAGGAGAUAGACGAGUUAUGAUACUACUGGAGGUUGAAGUGUUAGCUAAAGGUUCUGAGGUGAAUGGAAGGAUUGGGAACCCCCAACCAUUUAAACCUGGACAAGUUUCAGAACAGGCACCAGCCCAGCAAGCUCCAGUUGCUAACACAAUAGCAAACAGUGUUGUUAACAGACCAGCACAAGGUUCUGUGGUAAAUGGUGCCAAAAGCCCUCCAUCAAAUAAGGCAGCUUUCAAUAUAAAGCCAGGUACUCCUGGGACACCUGGAAGCAACAGAAUUCACAGCAUUGCAAGUCUUACACCAUACCAGAACAGGUGGCGUAUUCGAGCUCGUGUGAACCAAAAAAGUAAUAUUCGUACCUGGAGUAACUCGCGGGGUGAAGGACGAUUGUUCAGUGUAAACUUGAUUGAUGAAAGUGGAGAAAUCAGAGCGACAGGAUUUACAGAUGUUGUUGACAAGUACUACAACAUGUUGGAAGUCAAUAAGGUGUAUUACAUUUCAAAAGCAACCUUGAAGACAGCAAAUAAACAGUACACAUCAGUGAAGAAUGACUAUGAGAUGACCUUUAAUUCUGACAGCAUCAUUGAACCUUGUGAGGAGGAGACAGAUUUACCUACUAUGACCUUUGACUUUGUCAAAAUUGAUAGCCUGGAAUCAAAACAGCCAAACUCUUUUAUAGAUAUACUUGGUGUGGUAAAAAGUUCAGCUGAUUUAGCUACAGUGACAGGCAAACAAAGCAAGAAAGAGAUCGCGAAGAGAGAUGUUCAUUUAGUAGACCAGUCAGGAAUGGUUGUCAAUCUUACACUUUGGGGAUCUGAUGCAGAGACAUUUAAUGGUGACAGUAAUCCUGUGAUAGCGUGUAAAGGUUGUCGUCUGUCGGACUGGGGUGGACGUUCACUGUCUGUACUGUCCAGCAGUCAGAUGAUCAUCAAUCCUGACAUCAGGGAAGCACAUCUGCUGAAAGGUUGGUGGCAGAGAGAAGGUCAAAACAGAGAUUUCCAGGCAUACAGGUCAGAAGGAGGCACUGGAGCUGCUGGCUCUGGUACAAACUGGAAGACAUUUGGUCAGUUGAAAAAUGAGAACAUUGGUCAUGGAGAUAAACCAGACUAUUUUACAUCGAAGGGAACUGUCAUCUUCCUACGCAAAGAAAACUCUAUGUAUAUGGCAUGUCCGACAGAUCAAUGUAAUAAAAAAGUUAUUGACCAAGGAAACGGAAUGUACAGAUGUGAGAAGUGCAGUAAAGAAUUUCCCAGCUAUAAAUGGAGAAUGAUAUUAUCUGUAAAUUUGGCUGACCAUACUGGGAACCAAUGGGUGACGUGUUUUCAGGAUUCAGCUGAGUUGAUCCUUGAUGUGAAAGCAGAUGACCUUGGCAAUAUGAGAGAAACAAAUGAAGCACAGUUUGACCAGGUGUUUACAGAGGCAAACUUCAAAACGUACAUAUUCAAACUGAGAGCAAAGGUGGAAACCUACAAUGAUGAAAGUCGUCUGAAGACGGUCUGUACAGGUGCUACUCCAGUGGAUUGGGUUGAUGAUGCCAAAAGACUCAUUGAUGAAAUAAACACUAUGUUAAACUAAACAGUAUACUGUUUAUACUACAAAACUUCUUACAGUAAAAUGGUGACCAAAAAAAAAUCAACAUGAAACUCAUCACAAGUUAUUUAUUGUUAUUUAUCUGCUGCAUUUAAAUGAGUCACUGCAUUAUACAGAAUCAGCUAUACUUUACUUUCUUCUAGUUUGAAUUGUAUCUUACUCUAAUUUCUUUCAAGAAAUUAUGUAACUAUAAUAUGUAUGAAUAUUUAUUGAUUAUGAAGUUAAAUUAAAGGAAAUAUCUGGAGACAUAGAAAAAAUUUAAGUGAACCAUUAAAAGUUGAAUUUCAAGAAAACUGUUUCAUGUUGGUCUAACACACAGAUUAUAAAUACAAGAAACAAGAUUCUUGUUUUCAUAAUUGAUUUUGAUGGAUAAACUGAGAGUUCAGUACAUUAGUGUCAUCUAUUGGUUAUGGACAUAGUGCUGUAAUAACAAGGAAUAUAGUGCUGUAGUGGUAGUAAACAUUUGGCUAAGUUGACUGUGAACAUUGUGCUAAAUCAGCUGUGAAAAAGAAAGUUCAGUUGGCUGUGAGUUUUUUUUUAAAUGGACAACUAAGUAUCUGAUCUUACCAGUAAAACACCAGAAUAUGAAAUGUACUAGAGUACUACAUGUUAUAUGUUUAAGGGACCAUUCUGUGACAAUUGUUAAAUUUGUGUAGAAUGAAGUAGAUUAGUAUUUAGUGUGAUAUUAUUAUAAAAACAACCCUGUGGAAUUGCUGAUAACCAAGACAACAGGAUAUUUAAUAGCUAACGUUUAUUUGAAUGUGUUCAUCUUAGAAAAAGCAUAGUCUUUACUUGAAUAUUUCUAUGUAUUUUGUUGGAUUGUAUGUCAUUAAAGGCAAAUGAAAGGCA